AUGGCUAAAUCAAUGCAAUCUACUAACACAUCUCGUUUUACUGAUCUUUGCAAUGAACCUGUAGAUCAUCUUUUGUCACCGAUCAAAGGCUAUCAAAAUAAACCACUUGUUACACUUACACAAGCGAUUCAACCGGUCUCUCAGUUUUUUAAUGAAAUUGAAGAUUAUGUUUAUGUUGCAGUACACAAUUGUCAAAAUCCAGCUGAUGGGUUAACUCAGCAAGAAGCAGCUUCGAUUUAUUUGUAUACAAUGCAAUUUGAUGGUGAAUCAAGUUUGUAUUUGUUACUUAAUCAAUCGUUACGUGCUGAAAAACGUGAAAUAUUGGAACCAUGGUUUUUAUUCCUUAAAUUAUUUCUGACGGCUCUCUACAAACUACCGUCGCACAGUGGAAUUGUGUGGCGAGGCGUUCGAGGUGCCGAUUUAAGUUCAAAAUACAAAAUUGGUACAAAAUUUGCUUGGUGGGGAGUAAGUUCGUGUACUACUCAUGUGGAAAUCCUUGAGUCAGAUCAAUUUUUGGGUAAGCAUGGACAACGUACGCUUUUUUCAAUUGAAUGUAUCAAUGGAAAAUCUAUUGCAAAACAUUCAUAUUACAAUAAUACUGAAAAAGAAAUCAUUCUUAUGCCAGGCUCCUAUUUCGAAGUGAUGAGCCAAUUAAAUCCAUCAGCGGAACUGCAUAUUAUUCAAUUAAAAGAAAUUACUCCACCAAUUGUUCUUGUUAAACCACCACUUUCCAAACCGAAUGAGCCAAAAUCAUCUUCUGCCAUCCAUAGAUCAAAUAAAUCUUCUUUACCAGAAUCAACGAUGGCAACACAAAUGACACUUCCUCAACGCUUGCCCAAGAACAUGACAACAAAAAUAGCAAAUCGUUUGCUUUGUGGUAAAUGUGGUAAAUGUAUAACUGAUUCAGCAUAUCAUACAGAAGACUCAAAGCCUUGUUGUAAUGAAUGUUACAAUGCACGUUUUGCACUAAAAUGCACAGAAUGUCGCAGACCAAUUGCAACCGAAAGAUAUAAAAGUUACCGUGGAAAAAAUUACCAUCCAGAUUGUUUUCGCUGUGCUCAAUGUGAUAAAAUUAUAGCUGAUUCAGAAUUUUAUGUAGAAAAUUCAAAGCCUUGUUGUAUUGAAUGUUAUACUACAUAUUUUUCACCAAAAUGCACAGAAUGUCACAGACCAAUUUCAAAUGAAAAAUAUACGAGUUACCGUGGAAAAAAAUAUCAUCUGGGCUGCUUUCGAUGUACUCAGUGUAGUAAAGCAAUGGGCGAUGCGGAAUUUCCGACACACAAUUCGAACCCUUAUUGCAUUCAAUGUUAUGACAAGUAUGUUGCAGCACGUUGUGCUAAAUGCUUACAAGCAAUAUCUGUAGGAAGAUCAAUAGUUUAUGAUGGAAGAGAAUAUCAUCCAGAUUGUUUUUGUUGUGGUCAAUGUGGUAAAGUUAUGGAUGAAAUUCAAUUUCAGACACAUAAUUCAAAGCCUUGUUGUGCUCAAUGUUACAAAGAACAUUUUGCACGGCGGUGUUCAAGGUGUUUAAAACCUAUAAUUGGUGCAUAUUCAACUUUUCAAGGAAAACAAUUUCACGCCGAUUGUUUCGUCUGUGCGAAAUGUCAUCGUAUUAUUAAUACUGGAGACGGAUUUCGUCAAACUCAAAUGGGUAUUUUAUGUUUACACUGCGCUCACUAA